AGCCAUUUAUCUAACAAAUGCCAUGCACGAUAGCAGUGAUAAUAUGGGCUGUGUCACUAACUCCCUUGAUAAAAACUGACACAUUGCUGCGCGCUCGACCACACCCCAGUAUUUAGCGUUUAAUAGUGUUGUUCUAGCACAAGGCAAAGCAACAACAAGCAGUGAGCGCUAUAUUCCAUUCUAACGCGUGUAAGUGGCGUCCAUGUUCCAGCUACCGACUCUGAACUUCAGUCCUCUGCAAGUUGCGAGCGUAUGCGAAACACUCGAAGAAAGCGGUGACAUAGAACGGCUUGCCCGGUUUCUAUGGUCAUUGCCCGUUGCUCCAGGAACAUGCGAGGCGCUCAACAAAAACGAAAGCGUCCUCCGAGCACGGGCAGUGGUUACCUUCCAUCAGGGCAAUUUCAGAGAACUCUAUAACAUCUUGGAGAAUCAUAAGUUCACCAAGGAAUCACAUGCCAAAUUGCAAGCCAUGUGGCUCGAAGCGCACUACCAGGAGGCUGAGAAACUGCGUGGACGACCGCUAGGUCCAGUCGACAAAUACCGCGUUCGAAAGAAGUUUCCACUCCCGCGGACUAUAUGGGACGGUGAACAGAAAACACACUGUUUCAAGGAAAGGACGCGGAGUUUGCUUCGAGAAUGGUAUCUUCAGGACCCGUACCCGAAUCCAACUAAGAAGAGGGAACUGGCCCAAGCCACUGGUUUAACGCCGACUCAAGUGGGAAAUUGGUUUAAGAACAGGCGUCAAAGGGACCGAGCCGCAGCAGCAAAAACAGACUACAAAGCCAGCAGCACCAACAGCCAUCACACAAUCCAACGUCGCCUAACCCAAUAAUAACAGUGGACGGAGCAACGACUUUACCCGGUCAGUUAACCAAACAGCAGUCGCUCGACCCAGCACACGCGCUCCUGGAAGCCACACAGAACAAGUCACACACGCCGCUAUCACCAACACUCGCGUAGAGACUCUGAGAAAAAAAUAUAUAGUAAAGUUUUAUGUCAUAUAUAUCCAGAUUUGUUUUCGUUUCUCUUCUCCAAGAGAAGAAUGUAUAGAUGUUAGCUUUAUUUGUAGGUCAGAUUUGUCUCAUCGGUGCAUCCAAGAUAACAUUCAGAUGGUCUUCUCAACUCGGGACGAGCCGACCCCGUCUAUCACGUCAACCUACAACGCUCUAUAAUUCAGCAUUUGGUUUGUGUAUACCAUAACUUUUAAAAAGACAUUUUCAAGUACGACAUCAAUGAUAAUGCAGUAUAUACUCCACAAGCAGAUGCAGUCAGCAAAAAACAUAAAUCAUGUCGCUUUAAGAAGCCUGAAACACACAUGCACACAAAAUGGCGUCUGGACAAUAUCCAGCAACAAGCCGUUCCCUUAAAAACCAAAAUGUAUUAUAUUAUAUAGGAGAACAUCGAGUUUUUAGUGUGAAGAAGAUAGCUGACAAUUUAUUAUUAAUUUUAAAAACAUUAAUGUUAAUGUGAUGAUUUUUUUAAAGAAAAAAGUGAGAGAGGAUGAAUGUGUGAAAUAAUGCUAAGCAUAUUUUACUUGUUCCAUUUGAUAGAAUUUAGUCUAGGACUUUAGUAGGUCGAAGUUCACGCAUUGAUUGGUGGGUGUCUAUUUCCCAGCUUACAGCACCAAACUCAGAAUUACACCAUAUAGUACAGCUAAUUUAUGAUAGUUGCGAUACUGCUCUCAAGAAAACUUAGUUGGGUUUUCUCGCAUACAUCACUAUCCCAUAAUAGUUACUAAGUUGGAAAGUGGAAUAGACCUCCCUGCUAGUUUUAGUCAACUUAUUUUUAAUUUAAUUACGUCAUAAAUAUGGAGAGUACUACUAUCACCGGCGUCGUUUUCUUUCAGUCUCUAACCAACUGUGGUAGUGUUUUAGAGAGAGGGAGAGGGCAAAACAGAUGAAUAUGUGUUUCAAAUCAUUCUUGUUUGUGCCUGCAUUUUAGGAAUGGGAAACUGUUAACUUUUUGUUAUUAUUAUUAUUGUAAAAAAAUAAAAACGCAAAGCUAUGCUUCUUUCCAAUUACAGAACCCUUUUCACAAGA